CCGACGACGACGACGACCACGCCGACACCAACUUCGCUGUCUCGCCCAACGUAUGGAUGGAUAGGUAAUCCCUACUUACCUUUAGUACAAGGCGGGAAAGGCGAUAUAUCAACUGACGACUCUCUUCACGUGCAUCCUUCACCCCCACACACCCGUUUGUUGGUACGGAUACAUCACAUAUACACAGUCCGCCUCAUGUGCCCCCCUGCCCCAGCUCGUUCGUUCGUCCUACGGAUACUCCUGCGACUCAACUUCUACCAAACCCUCUGCUGCUUAUGUAGACCCGGUUCUUCGUUCCCAGGCUUUGUUACAGCCGCAGAUCCCACAUCACCACACCACACCACACCACACCCUACUCUGAUAUGCGGCCGCUCCCUCACCCCUUACUACAUACUCUUAUUGCCUCCCAGCUCAUCUGGCUUGCGUUUAUGCCGGCAGGCUGGACCCCUGCAGUAUUUAAGGUGGUGACGCGAGUGACUUGCAUGAACGCUUGCCUUACUGGGCGCCUGUCACUCGGUCCAUCAUCGGACCUCGGACUUCCAAGAGUCUUGGAUCAUCGCCUCGCCUGGCCUCGCCGCCCGUUGUCGGGUCAGCUCCAAAGUCUUCUCUUUUUUACCAUUUUUUUUUUACCCCCCAUCCGCUAUCCAGCCUGGACUUUUGCACCCGCGCGGAGUAUUGUGGGCGCCCGUCAUAGCUUGACGUCGCAUUCUACAUUGGCGGCUCCAUCCUCCCACCUCGGUCCCAUC